AUGAAGCUUUUAUUUUGGAAUGUUAGAGGGAUUGACAAGCCUGAGAAGAGGGAAAGAAUUAAAAGGCUACCAAAAGAGAGGCAUAUUGAUAUUGUAUUCUUUCAAGAGACAAAAAAGAUUGUGGUAUCUGACAAUUUAGCUAGAGGGCUUUGGGGUCAAAGGAAAAUGGAGUUCUUGUCUGUGGACCCAAAAUGUACUGCAGGUGGGCUUUUAUGUAUUUGGGAUCCAGAUAUCUUCCAAUUAUCUGGUAGCUGCUGCAACAAGAGGUUCAUUCUACUCUCAGGUACCUUAUAUAACUCCUUUCAUUGUGUUCUACUUAAUAUUUAUGCUCCUAAUGAUGUCAGUAGUAGAUCCUCUCUUUGGAACAUUUUACUCAAUCUUAAGGUCUAUUUUUCUAACCCUUGGUGCAUGGGAGGUGAUUUCAAUGAAAUAAGACAUAUGGGUGAGAGAGUAGGCUGCUUUAGAAGAGACAGAGGCAUGCAACAACUCAAUGAGUUCAUAGAUUCCGCUGAAUUAAAUGACCUCCCCAUUCUUGGUAGGAAAUAUACUUGGUGCAAUGCUCAAGAAUCUCAGAAUUGGAGCAGAAUUGAUAGGGUGUUAUUAAGCCCUGAAUGGUUAAUUUACUUCAAACUGAAACUCUGGGGGCUGCCUCGACUUAUAUCAGAUCAUUGCCCCCUCUUAAUGAUGGAAGAUGAAAGAGAUUGGGGUCUCAAACCUUUCAGGUUUAUCAAUGCGUGGACUUUGCAUCCCAAAUUUGCUCAACUAUUUACUACCUGCUGGGUGAAUGCUAGUUUUGUGGGUUGGGCUGGGUUUAUUCUCCAACAAAAACUAAAACACUUAAAGUUGGAACUAAGGAAAUGGAAUACUGAAGUGUUUGGAAAUGUUUCAACCAAACUUAAGGCUUCAAAGGAUGAAUUACAUGACCUUGACAUCAUUGUGGAGGAAAGAGAAUUGCUACACUCUAAAAAGGCUAGAAGAAGAGAAGUCAGAGGUGAAGUGUGGAAGCUCUAUAGAAGGGUGGAGUGGCUAUGGCAUCAACAGUCCAGAUUGAAUUGGUCUCUUAAGGGGGAUAAAAAUACUAGAUUUUUUCAAGCUAUUGCAAGUUCUCGUCAAAGUAGAAACAUGAUCAAUUCUAUUUCAGCCAAUGGUGUUUCUUAUGAGGACCCUAGUAGGAUCAAGCAUGAGGUUUUCAUCCAUUUCAAGAACCACUUCCAGGAAUUUUGGAUUAACAGGCCUGCUUUGGGUGGAGAGUUCAAAGUAAUUGAGGAUAGUCUUGUCUCUCACUGCUUAAUACCUAAUUUCACUGAAGCAGAAGUUCGGGCAGCCAUUAAAGAGAGUAAUGGUAACAAAGCUCCAGGCCCGGAUGGGUUUAAUCUGUUGUGCUAUCAGAAAUUCUGGAAAGUCAUGAAACAGGAGAUCAUGCAAUUCUUUAGUGACUUACAAACAUAUCAAGCUUACCUAUGGUAUCAACAACUCUUUCAUUACCUUCAUUCCCAAGCUAGAUAG